GCUAAAACACAUGUAAAACGCAGGAAAUCCUUACAUAGCAGCGCAAGUCAGUGGCUAUAGCAGAGCGACCAGCUAAUCCAGAUGAACCAGGAAACACGGACGGAAGUGACGUAUUUCCACUGCUGCACCAACGUGCUAACGGUAGAGCACCCGGGAGCCAACACGGAGUGCAGUCAUGUGGCCUCUGUAUUGGGCAGCGGCACGGACCUAUGCCCCUUAUAUCACCUUCCCCGUGGCCUUCGUAGUGGGAGCAGUGGGCUACCAUCUGGAGUGGUUUAUCAGGGGGACCCCUAAACCUCGUGAGCAAAAGAGCAUCCUGGAGAUGAGGGAGGAGAGGAAGCUGCAGGAACAAGAGGGUUUGGACAGCACUCAGGUGGUUAGCCUGAAAGAGAAACUAGAGUUCACACCUAGAGCUGCUCUGAACAGGAACCGGCCUGAAAAGAGCUAACCCGUGUUUGUGAGAGACUUGUGUUUACCCUUUCUCAGAAGGAAGGUUGUGGGUGAACCAGAGGGCCCAUACUUCUCAUUUACCUCAGCUAUGAUCUCCUGCAUCAGCUCGCAUGUGAACAUUUCUAUUUGUGAAGCUAGAGCGUAAUGGAAACGCAUAUGUAUUUGUUCUUUAUUCAAGUCAAAUAUAGCCUAUAUGUUCUGUAGGUGAUUCAUUCUCGUUCUUGAUGUCGCAUAUGCCUGAUCAUGCUUUGAGCAAUAACUAAAAUGAGACACUACAUCAAACACUUCUUGCUAUCCCAGCUCCCAGCUUUCUGUUUCAUUUGUAUUUAGUUGUGGUCCUACGACACAAAUGUCAAUUUGUCACUGCUGUUAAAUCACACGCAUGAUGCAAGAGAUGACAAAGAUGGAAUAUCUUUAACGUUCCAAGCCUGUCAAAGUUUUUUCCGUUUAAUAAUUUGUGUAUGUGUAGAGAGGACUGCCUAUUGUGAACAUAAAAGCGGAGGAAGAGAAGAGAGACUGCUCUUCGUUCGUGUUUUUCUCAUGUAACGUUUUGAUGGUAUGCAACACAAUAAGCCAGCUGUAUGGGGGGUCUCUCAGGAAGUUUAAGCUGCUUAGUCCUGUUGUUUUGAAAAUCUACACAAUACUUUCAUUCUAGAAGAUCUGGAUGGUUUGGUGUUACUGGAACAAAAGAUGGUCAAUAAAGGAAAUGUGUUUCUGCGUGCGCCACUGUGUACUCACAUUUCAGUAAAUGUGUUCUCGAGAAUCUUCUUAGUCACCAGUUCCAGGUAGUGAUUUGUUCCGGUGAAAUAUUACAAUAAAGUUUUAGUUUCUGUGA